GCAUAUGUUCGUUCUCUUUAGGUUGUUUUGGAGACUUGGAUAAGUCAGCAACCAACAUGGCUACAUCGAAAAUCAUAAAGCCAAAUAAUGGAGCCCCUGAUGAACUUGAAAAAGAAAUGGCUGGGGCUAUUGCAGAAUUGGAGGCAGGCAGCGAUCUGAAACAACAGCUCAGAGAAUUGUAUAUCUGUGGUGCUAAGGAAAUAGACGUUGCUGGAAAGAAAGUUGUCAUCAUCUUUAUUCCUGUUCCACAACUUAAAUCCUUUCAGAAGAUCCAGGCACGGCUUGUACGAGAGAUGGAAAAGAAAUUCAGUGGGAAGCAUAUUGUGGCUGUUGCACAGAGGAGAAUUCUUCCUAAGCCCACAAGAAAAACUAGAAAUCAAAAACAGAUGAGACCUCGAAGCCGGACAUUGACGUCAGUUCAUGAUGCAAUUUUGGAAGACUUGUGUUUUCCAAGUGAGAUUGUAGGCAAGAGAAUUCAUGUUAAACUGGAUGGAUCUAGAACUAUCAAAGCUUUCUUAGAUAAAAGCCAACAGACAAAUGUUGAGCACAAGCUUGAAACAUUUACUGGUGUUUACAAAAAACUAACUGGAAAGGAUGUUGUUUUUGAGUUUCCUGCUUAUGACUGAAUAUGAAUAAAUACGAGAAAAUUUAA